AUGGAUAAACCAGCCAACAUGAAGAGUAUCUUGAAGAGCAAAAAAUAUGAGGCGCCUGAAGCUGGUUUGAGUGUAACUAUCGGAGCUGUACGCUGGAAUCUUCCUGAUGAAGGUCUUCAGGCUCACAGCUCAGUUCCUAGCAAGAGCAGUCAGAGUCCUAGACAAAAGGACUUGAAGGAUCUCCGCAGCCUGCAGGAAUGCGUUAAGUUUAUCACUCAGUGGAAACAGCAGGUGGAACAUGUCUGCAGGCCUGGCUCCAGUGCAGAUGAAGGCCCAAAUAUCAAUGUGCAUGCAGAGCCGUAUAGUCUGGAGCAAUGCCGCAAACUCAUCCUUGAAUGGGCAAAGGAGCUCAAGAAAGUUGACGAUUUGUUCAGUGAGGGCACAUGGCGACAAGAAAGAGAUGCAUCCUUGGAGCAGAAAGAGCACAAGGUGGAUUCUUCCAAACAUAUGGAGCAGAAGAUCAUGGAAUGGGCUAAAGAGCUACAGACUGCGUCGGAGCGGGUAGGUGUGAUGAGACAAGAAUUAGCCCAUUUUCUCAAGCAGCUGGAACUGAAGAAGAGGAAAAUCUUGACUCUAUUGCCUUUUUUGGAGUUCAUAACUUGGUCUCUACUGAAACAGGACAGCCAGGGUGUUGUUCCACAGCUAUGGCUCCUCAACAAACAACGCACCUGGAAAACAGAGACACCAAAGUACAUUCCAAACUCAGUGUGGAGAUGGAUCCGCAGUGCUUCAGUGGACAUCACACUGGACCCCACGACUAACCACCCAUGGCUGCAGCUCUCAGAUGACAAAAGAAAGGUACAGGAAGCUCUGAAUGAAACUGAAGUGUCGUUCAGUACCCAGCGCUUUGACAGCUGGCCGUGUGUCCUGGGCUGGGAAGGGCUCACUUCCGGUCGGUACUAUUGGGAAGUUGAUAUUGCCAAUGAUGGCUACUGGCGUAUCGGAGUGACCACUGCAUCCUCCAAAAGGCUUGGCCGGUGUCCCAUGAACCCCUCUGAGGGUUUCUGGACAAUAUGGAGAAGCACACGGCAGUUUUUUGCAUGUACCAAGCCGGAGACUGAGCUACCUCUGUCCCUUGUGCCCAAAAAGCUGGGAGUCUACCUGGACUACGAAGAAGGACAAGUGUCUUUCUAUAAAGUAGAGACACGCUCACAUAUCUUUACAUUCAUCGCAAGUUUCCGUGAAAAGUUGCACCCGCUUUUCGCACCACUGGAUGGUCGCACACUGAUCACACUGUCCUCCACAGAAGUCAAACCAGAGACGUCCUCUCGUGAAAAUCUACAAUUCUUUUAA